UGCUAUCCGGUCGAAAUGUCCGGUUCGUUCUUGGCCGCUGUCGUCGGGAUUGUCGCCGGAGCCAUUCUGUGCGUGGUGCUGAUCGUGGGCGUCAUGGCCAUACUGAGACGUCGCCAAAAGCGGAAAAAGUAUCGCGAAUCAUUCAUCGAUGAAAACAUCGACCGGCUCGAGUUCCUGCGCCAGCUGGACGAGCUGCGACCCCAGGCGGAAUACUUUCUGCAGAUGCUGAACGACACUAGGCGACAGAUACGCAAACUGCAUCUGGCCGGCGAUAGUGCCGGUGCGGCUACGUACCAUCCGGUGGUGCGCGAUCUGGCCAAGAUACUGAUUCUGCUGAACAAACCGAUCGAACUGAUCAAUGCGCCACCGCACGAUUGGCAACGGCUGUACGUGUGGGCUGAACGAGUGCUGGACCGUUACAAGCCGGAGUUGGCACAGCUGAUCGAGUUCCUGCAGCAACCGUCGUCGGCGUCCGAUCCGCGGCUCGGUUCGUCGGACCAUUCCACCUUCAAGGCGGGCUACGAUCAGCACGGGCCAGGGCCGACGGACCUAUCGCCCAGCUUGAGCCAGAAGAACGAGCGCAAUCUGCUGCAGCCGGAAUUGAUUCAGCUGCAGAAGCAUCGAACCCUGCCGACGAUGCAGACUACGCACCAUUUCCUGGGUUCGCUGAUCAGUUUGCACGAGUUCGACGAACGAUCGUCGCACACGACGGACACCAGCUCCAACCACCACUCGACGACGGGCGUGGUCAGCGGGAGUGGUGUGGGUGGAGGUGGUGGGGCCGGUGGCAACAAUCCGUUCGACGAUACGUUCGAUCACGUCCGAACGUACCUGUCGACGUCCGGCAUGAACGAUAGCUCGCUCUGGCUGCAGGACGAGUUCUUCAAGCUGGGCUUCCGGCCACAGGAUGAAAUCACGACGGAGCUGUGAGAUCAUCGAGCGCCGGCCCCUUAUCGUCACCAUUCCAGUGCAAAUUGAAACGAGCAAAGAUACGGGAAGCAAUAUGUAUAUAGGCAAUAAACGCCGCCCUGGAAGGUGCUAUCGAUCGAUCGAUCAUCCGUCGACAGGAUCACGGAACCGCACACGCACACACACACACAAACAUACAAAACACGCGCACAGCAUCCGCGGCUUGGGGCGUGCACUAGUCAGUUACGAGCGGUGCUGGAUCACUAACGAUGGUCUCGAUUGUUUGCGGCAAGAUUUGGAAACAGAUCGGACGAACGAAUGGCUUCGUUGCAUGGGACAAUUAGUUUGUAAUCAGAAUAAGAAUUUACUUAGAGUAAGUGCGAACUAACACACGGAAGAAAGGGACGGAAUCGUUCAACAAGUAGCUUGAACAAGCAAUGAGAAAAUACGUUGUAAAACUAUUUAUGGAAACGUACACUACACGAGAUACCAAUGGUUUUGAUGGAUAAGAAACAAGGAAUUAUUAAACAGGUUUCCGUUUUCUCAAGCAAUGUAUGUACUAAUUUAUCUGGGACCGAAUGCGGUGCAUUGACGGUGGUCCACGUUGAACAAAGUACGACUUUAAACGAAAAAAAAAAAUACAUUUUCGUUUACAAUUACUACCCACACGGAUGGGUUAUAGUGCGAUGAAGCUAUUAUUAUCAUAUUACGAACGAAUUAAGUGAAUAAAAAGCUUGUACAGCAGAGAAACGUGUUGAAAGAAUAAAUGUAGCUUUUGUUAAGAAGAUUAAAAAAGAGAUGAUUUUAA